CCUCUCCCGCCGCUUCCGGCAGCAGUGAAAGCAUGGCGGCGGAGGGGAGCUUCGGCCAGAUGGGCCUGGACGCGCGGCUCCUGCAGGCGGUGGCAGAGCUGGGCUGGGCCGCGCCCACCCCCAUCCAGGCGAAGGCGGUGCCGCUGGCGCUGGAGGGGAAGGACCUGCUGGCCAAGGCCCGCACCGGCUCCGGGAAGACGGGCGCCUAUGCCCUGCCGCUGCUGCAGCGCCUGCUGGACGCCAAGGCGGCAGCGCUGGUGACGGAGCAGGCAGUGCGCGGCCUGGUGCUGGUGCCCACCAAAGAGCUGGCCCGGCAGGUGCUGCAGAUGCUUCGGAGGCUGGCCGCCUACUGCGCUCGGGACAUCCGCACCCUCGACUUGGCCGGUCCAGAGGACCUGGGCGCCCAGAGGCCCCUCUUGAUGGAGAAACCAGAUGUGGUGAUAGGAACGCCAUCACGGGUUUUGGCACAUGUACAAAUGCAAAACUUGAGACUGCAGAAUUCGUUAGAAAUUUUGGUGAUAGAUGAAGCUGACUUGCUUUUUUCAUUUGGCUUUGAGGAAGAUUUGAAAAAUCUCCUCUGCCAUUUGCCCAAGAUCUACCAGACCUUCAUCAUGUCAGCUACCUUCAACGAGGAUGUCCAGACACUGAAGGAGCUGGUGCUGCACAACCCGGUGACUCUCAGGCUGCAAGAAGCACCCUUGCCAGAUAGCUCCCAGCUGAGCCAGUUCCAGAUCCAGUGCGAGACUGAAGAGGAGAAAUUCUUGCUCCUCUAUGCCCUCCUGAAGCUUUCCCUGGUGCGGGGGAAAGUUCUCCUCUUUGUCAACAGGAUUGACCGCUGCUACCGCCUCAAACUCUUCCUGGAGCAGUUUGGGAUCGCUGCCUGCGUCCUCAACUCAGAGCUGCCUGCUCAGUCCCGAUGCCACAUCAUCAGCCAGUUCAAUCGGAGCGUCUACAAUUACAUCAUUGCCACAGAUGAGCAGCACCUGGCAGAACCAGAGGAGAGUGGCAGGAAAAGGAAGAAGGGCACAAAAGGAGAAAAGGGCAAAGAUCAGGAAUAUGGUGUCUCCCGAGGCAUCGACUUCCACAACGUGUCUGCGGUCUUCAACUUUGAUUUCCCCCCCUCCUUUGAAUCCUACAUCCACCGAGCAGGCAGGACAGCCCGUGUUCACAACCCAGGCACUGUUCUGACCUUCGUCUUGCCCUCUGAGCGGCUUCUGCUUGCCAAGAUUGAAGAGGUGCUUACAGCCGAGAGCACAAGCAAGUGCACCUUGACGCCCUACCAGUUCCGGAUGGGGGAGAUCGAGGGACUCCGCUACCGAUGUCAGGAUGCCAUGCGGUCAGUAACCAAGCAGGCUAUCAAAGAAGCCCGACUCCGUGAAAUCAAAGAAGAAUUGCUCAACUCGGAGAAGCUGAAGACAUACUUUGAAGACAAUCCCCGGGAUCUGAAUUUGCUGCGCCAUGACAAGCCCCUUCACCCAGCCAUCGUUAAGCCCCACCUGCGCAACGUCCCAGAAUACUUGGUCCCUCAGGGUCUCCAGCCAGCAGUCCCAGCCCUGGCUGGGAAACGCAAGCGGCGGAAAUGCCCGGCCUCCACUAGCAAGGGCCAGAGGAACCCCUUGCACAGCUUCAGGAGCACCAAGAAGAAAUUUCGGACCUUGGCCAAGGCCAAAUAAGCCACCGGCUCCUGCCAGCGGUGGAAUGAGUGAAAGAGACAGAAACUGGCUUCCAUUCCUCCGAUGUCAGAAGUGCCAUGAAGCUGCUCUGACCCACUUUCAGUUUUUUUUUUUUUAAAGAGUCGCUUAGCUCCUCUGCCAAGUGCCCCUGGCUAAAUAAAUUGCAAAGGUCGAGAAAAAACCCCGUUUCCUGAGAGGCCCCUGCUCCUUUCUGACUUCUGCUCUGUUACGUGCUCUGGUGCGGAUGGCAUGUCAAGGAGCAGACGACUGGGGAUGGCCAUCCCGUAAACAACUCAGCCUGACGAUCAUUCAGCCUUGAAUUGCUCAAGGAAGCACACCGGGAACCAGGGCAGGUCAUGGAACAAAGGCGUACCCGGCUUCACAUAAACAGAAUCUACAUGCAUGGGAUGGCCUGUAUGACAGUGUGAAACUGCUGGUCGGCCUGUUGCCAGGAAAAGCUCUCGUUCUUCCCAGCAAGCUGAAGCAGCCGACCCCAGGGCACCUUGACAACCAGUGGGCUGGGAUGGCAGCUGUCGGACUCUUGCCCGGGCUGGUGGCUUUUAUCAGGCGCCAAGGCCAGGACACGAUUGUAAACCUUGAAGUUGCAGGAUAAGGAGCUCAGGGUGUCGCCUUGCGUGGCCUCGCCUGAUGUGACGUUGCACAGCAAGGAUCAGGAGGGCAAGCAGGGCCCCAGAAAUGCCACACACACCCCUUUGAGUGUCUCGAUAGUCUCCAUCAUUUGUACAACCCCCAAAUUUCACCUAGCAAGCAGGGUGUGUGUGUGUUUCCUAAUUCUAUUAAAGGGCCAGAGCUAUUUUGGUGCGAUGCUUCAGAGAGGAGGCAGGAAAAGGCUGGGGGCAGAUGGUAUGCCAGGAAGGCAGACGGCAAGGCCAUUCAGUAGGGCUUGGCAUCCUUGGAUGGAAGGGAAGGAAAGGACCCCCUUCAUCAGCAGAUCACUUUGGAUUUUGUGCUUGUGAUGGAAAAAAAAAAUUCUUUGAGUUUUGCCGAUUAAAUAAAUUUGUUAUCGAAAUGGUUAA